AUGUUUUACUACCGUGCAGUGGAAGCGGACAUGGUGAAGCCCGAAUCCAAGAAAGUAGUGCCCGGCAACUCAGGACAAAGGACAAUAGAGUCACGCAUGAAGUUUGUUGCCCCACCUACGUCCACACAGAAGAAACAAAAGAUGGCAUUGGACGAUAUGGAACGCAUGCGGCGGAAGCUGCAAUCAAGGGAAGAACACCUAAAGUCAGACAUCAGGCUGAGAGAUCUACUGGACAAGAAGUCGAACCGUAACAAUCUGGGGCAGCCAUUGAGAGGACUCGGACGGACAAAGCUAGAGUAUCUGAUUGGCAUUGGUGUGACUACGGUAAAGGAGUUGCGCGACUAUGACGGUGGAGACAAAUCGGUGCUGUCAAACUGGAAAGAACUCACACGGGAGUAUUACAAGGGUGUCAAGGAUGAAGUGGAAAUGCUGUACAGUCAGCUGAAAAUCAUGCCCUUCUGGUUGUGGCAGAAGAGAUUGAGAAUGAGGAGGCCAAAGGAAUUGAUCCAAGAAACCAAUGCAACAAUGACGAAACAGACAACACUGACGAAGCUCCUGAAGCUACGUACACAGCAUUUUCGGAUCUGCUGGACCAGGAGCAGUACAAUGCACGAUGCCCAUCCAAGUCGCUCAUAG